AUGAUAUGGGGGGCCUUCCCGAACUCAACCGACGCCGGGGGUUGGACGCCGCUAUCAUAUACCGCCGAGAACGGCCACGAGGCUAUAGCCAAGCUACUACUAGAUACAGGCAAGGUCGAUGUUGAUAUAAAGAAUAAUCGAGGUCGGACGCCGCUAUCAUAUGCUGCUGAGAACGGCCACGAGGCUAUAGCCAAGCUGCUGUUAGAUACAGGCAAGGUCGAUGUUGAUAUCAAGGAUAGUCCUUCGAGGCGGACGCCGCUAUCAUAUGCUGCUGAGAAUGGCCACGAGGCUAUAGCCAAGCUACUGUUAGAUAUAGGCAAGGUUGAUGUCAACACGAAGGGUGGGCUUCGAGAUCGGACGCCGCUAUCAUAUGCCGCCGAGAACGGCCAUAAGGCUAUAGCCAAGCUACUGUUGGAUAUAGGCAAGGUCGAUAUUGAUAUAAUGGAUAGUGGAGGUCGGACGCCGCUAUCAUAUACGGCUGAGAAUGGCCACAAGGCUAUAGCCAAGGUACUGCUAGAUACAGGCAAGGUCGAUGUCAAUACAAGGGGUGAGCUUUGGGGUCGGACACCACUAUCAUAUGCCGCCGAGAACGGCCAUGAGGCUAUAGCCAAGCUACUGUUAGAUACAGGCAAGGUCGAUGUCGAUGCGAAUCAUGGGCCCGGGGGUCAGACGCCGCUAUCAUAUGCUGCCGAGAACAGCCAUGAGGCUAUAGCCAAGCUACUGCUGGAUACAGGCAAGGUUGAUAUUGAUACAAAGGACAAUUGGGGUCGGACGCCACUAUUAUAUGCCGCCAAGAAGGGCCACAAGGCUACAACCAAGCUACUACUAGAUAUAGAUGAGGUUAAUGUCGAUAUAAAGGACAGUACGGGUCGGACACCACUAUCAUAUACUGCCGAGAACGGCCAUAAGGCUAUAGCCAAGUUGCUGUUAGAUACAGGCAAGGUUGAUAUCGAUCCGAAGGACAGUGAGGGUUGGACGCCGCUAUUAUAUGCUGCCGAGAACGGCCACAAGGCUAUAGCCAAGCUGCUGUUAGAUAUGGGUAAGGUCGAUGUUGAUAUAAAGGACAGUGAGGGUCGGACGCCGCUAUCAUAUACUGCCGAGAACGGCCACGAGGCUACAGCCAAGCUACUACUAGAUACAGGUAAGGUCGACAUUGAUAUAGAGGACAAUCGAGGUCGGACACCACUAUUAUAUGCCGCCAAGAAGGGCCACAAGGCUGUAGCCAAGGUACUGCUAGAUACAGGCAAGGUCGAUGUUAAUACAUGGCAAGAGCAUGGGGGUCGGACGCCACUAUCAUAUUCCGCUGAGAACGGCUAUAAGGCUAUAGCCAAGUUACUGCUAGAUACAGGCAAGGUCGAUGUCGAUGCAAAGGGUGGGUAUUGGGGGCGGACGCCGCUAUCAUAUGCUGCUGAGAACGGCCACGAGGGUAUAGUCAACCUGCUGCUGGCUACACUCAAGGUCAAGGUCGAUGCGAAGGAUGAUAAUGGCCGGACACCGUUAUCGUAUGCCGCCCAGAACGGCCACGAGGGUAUAGUCAAACUGCUUGAGUUUCAGGGCUCUUCUCUUUCCUUAUAA